GUCAGAAUUUGUCAUUUUCAUGUCCGUGUUUGAUGUGCUAUUAAUGGCGAGAAUCGGUGCCUUUUUAUGAAUAAUACACUGACAUCGGUUGUUUUCAGUGUAUCUUCUGUUUACUGAUCGCAAACAUCACAUAAGGCGCGCGGCCAUGCCGCGCUCCAAGCGCGACACAGUGCGCGACCGCACGGCCAGCGCGCCGUCCCCAGAGUCGCCGCUCCUCAGCAAACGCAAGGUGUUCGCGCAGCGCAAGUUCGCGCAGGGCGUGGCCACGCCGUGCGCGGGCUCUGCGCCGCCGUCGCCGCCGGCGGCCUCCUCCCGACCGCCGUCGCCGGCACCGCUGCCGCCCGACGGGCCCCUGCCCAAGACUGAGGACUUCAUCACCUUCCUCUGCUUCAGAGGCACGUCUCGAUUACCGGCACACCUGGAGCGGUUCAACCACCCGCCCCUGCCGGGCAGCAGCGGCAGCAGCCGGGCGGGGCGACCCGCCCGCUCCUCGGCGGCCGCUGGGCACGAGGGCUCGCCCGGCCGCGCCGGAGCCAACGCGCGCGCCAAGGAUCAGAAGAGUGCUAAUGGGAUCCGCCAGAACGGACACGUGAAAAUGUCGGCGACCAAACCGCUCUUUCAGAAGCACAACAGUGCGCUGCACAGCCGGUCGGCGCGCGACUCUCCCUCCUCCGUGUGCAGCUCGCGCUCGGAGAAGGCCGCGCCGGCGCUGAAGCGCGCCCAGGUGGUGCUCCGCAAACUCUCCCACUCGAGCCUCAUCGCCAAGAAGAAGUCGCAGUCGGCCAAACUGCGGGCACAGAAGGCGGUGGACAAGCAGGCGCGCAUGCUGCAGAGGCUGGUGGUAUCGAGCAGCCUGCGCUACCCGUCCUCGGGACCGGCCAUCAAACUGACCACGCUCAAACAGCAGCGGCCGUUCGCGCGGCUGACGCGGGCCCAGAUCGCGCGCGGCGCCCGACACCUCGGACGGCCGGCCGUCGAAGGCGGCGGCUGA